ACAGAAGUCUAGGGGCGUGUCCCAACUCGUUUCCGAUGGCGCUGAUAGACACUGAAAUGUCCACCGUAACGGUCUGAUAGCUGUGUACACAUCUGAAGAAAAGUCAGACAGGAGAUCGGACGCUGUUCUGAUUUGGUGUUCCAUGUUUCCGGUUCUUGUUCUGUCCUGUUGAUGUUUUGAUGAAAACCUAACUGCGGAAAUGGAGGUCAGUCGUGUCUCGAUGAAAGUCCUGCUGUUCCUCGGGAUUAUUUUUCCUCAGACGUCAGCAGACACACACACUCUGCAGUUCCUCUACACUGCACUCACACCAGGAGAGAAUUUCACUGCUGUCGGUUUGUUGGAUGGAGAGCAGAUUGUGUAUUAUGACGUCAACAUCAGGAAGAUGAUCCCAACUAGUGAGUGGAUCGAUGCUGCUGAUGAUCCAUAUGUCUGGAAAACCCAGACACAGCUUAUGCAGAGUGAUCAGGAGAAUCUCAAACAGCUUUUACUUGAAGUCAUGAAAGACUUUAAUCACACUGAAGGAGUUCAUACUCUACAGAGGAUAUAUGGCUGUGAGCUUGAUGAUGACGGCACCACUAGAGGAUACGAUGAGUACCGUUAUGAUGGAGAAGAUUUCCUCAGUCUGGAUCUGAGAACUGGAAUCUGGAUUGCAGCUAAAGAUAAAGCUGAGAUCACCAAAGAGAAGUGGGAGUCUACAGGACACCACGCUAAAUACGGGAAGCGCUACCUGGAGGAGGAGUGUAUCAAGCAGUUAAAGACGUUUUUGGCUCCACAGAAAGAAAUAAUUAUAUGUACAUUUGGGCCUGCACCGAGAGUGGUGGAGUGGAUUUGGGUCAUCAUGGUUACAGUUGGUCUCCUCACCGUCUUCAUUAUCUGUGUUGCUGGAGUUCCCAUUUGGAUGAAAAGGAAGAAUGACUCCAAAUCUGUUCUAACCCCAGGCAGCCCCAGUUCCUCCUCUAAAUUACUUUUACCACCAGCAUUUUAAACUCCAGAUGUGUUCAUGAGGAAAUGAAAGAGAGAGAGGAGGAAAGAGAGAGGUGGAAGGAACAUAGAGAUUAUAUAGUGUAGAGAGGAGGACGACGUGUCCGAUAUGAAGACACAAAGAUAUUUGUGUCAAAGAUGUGUCAGAUAUUUGCUUUUCUGAAGGAAAGCAGUGUGUGUAAAGUGUAUAAUAAUUUUGAUCAAUAGAAUUGAAUUAGUUAUUCACACCAAAGAUCUGGUAAACAUUACUACCAACAAAUAUUAAUGAGACUAUCAUCAAUCACCAAUGCUAACAAAAAAAAGAAAUAGCAAAAACAUUCUUUUGUUCUUUUCAAUGAUGCAUUUUACUCGCUUUGGGCUGUUGUCAAGUCCAAGUCCUCGAGUCAAGGCCAAGUCAAGUUCGAAUCCAAAUGAAAACAAGAUUAAGUCAUGAUCAAGACCAAAAUCCAACCAUUUGUUUUUGAGGCCAAGCUUUUACUUCAACUAGUUGGCUUCAUUCAUGCAUUGCACCAAUCAUUAGGUCUGUUUUUUACAAGAAGGAAUUACUACUUCUAAAAAAAGAAGGCAACACAUAAAUUAUUUCUUGCAAAGUCUCAGUAGAGAUCAAGAGCAUAAUUAGCGAGACCAGAGCCGAAACAAGUCCAGGUCAGUACAGUUAACAUUUUAAGAGACUCGAGUCCUACAGCCUUAUUUUACAUUGUUUUUAUAUUAUAUUAAUAAUUGUACUUUUAUUGUAUUUAUAUAUAUUCUGAGUUUGAUGGUUAUCAGUGUGCAUCAGAAUUGGAUUCACUGUGCAUGUAAAGGAUGUGAAAUAUACUGUAGUGUUUUUAGGAGGUUCAGCUAUUAAUCUGAAACUUAAACUGCAGUACUGAUUUUUCCAUCGGAUCUGAUGCAGGUCAGUAGAUGUUAUUUGGUAUUUCUCUUCUGAAGUGUUAUCCUAUUUUUCAUUAUCGAUAUUGUAUUGAAUAUUUUACCAAAUAUUACAAAGUGCUUCCAGAGUUUAUAUUCACAAAGCAUUACAUGUAAAGUAUAUGAUCAGCAAAGUGUAAUGCAACAUUAGAGAAAGUCAUAAAUCGCUCUAGAUGUCAUUUGCAAUCGUGUCAUUUGCAAAGUUUCAGAAAUUGUGCUUGCAAUUAUAUUAUAUAUUAUGUUUUAUAGUAUUAUAUUAUUCAUGCAUUGCCCUGCGAUGGAAUGGCACCCUGUCCAGGGUGUACCCCGCCUUGUGCCCGAUGCUCCCUGGGAUAGGCUCCAGGUUCCCCCACGACCCUGAAGAAGGAGUAAGCGGUAGAAGAUGGAUGGUCUUGUAAAUACUUUGACAUUAUUUUUAAUGUCAAAUGUAGGCUCCAUAUGAUAGAGGUUCUACACCAUGGUGAUAGCUUUGUGUAAGGACAUCUGUGUUUACGGUGUUUUGUUUCAUUUAUGUACAAAUCUAAAUCCUCCUCACUGAACUGGUUUGGGUGUAUUAUGUCACUGUCUGGUCUUUGUGAUGUUCAGGUUUCUGUUUCACUGGGUUAUAAACAUCUGAAUAAACACAGGAUCUUACAGUAGAUACAAUGUUGUUCUGGCCCUGUCCCAACUUUUUUUUAGAUGUGUUGCUUCCAUGAAAUUCAAAAUUUAUAAAAUCAUUGCAUUCUGUUUUUAUUUACAUUUUGCACAGCGUCCCAACAUUUUUGUUGAAUUGGGGAUGUAAAUAAAUCAGGCACGGCAGUUUUAUUGAUGGAGGUGGUGUUAAGACAAAGAUAAAAGUUAAAACCGUGUGUGAUGGGGUUUUUCUUAGUAAAUUGUGGUGAAAGUGUACUUAUUGGGUGGGAAAACCCUCAGAUUUAGUUUAAACAGCUGAACUAAUAGUGGACAACAGAGCCCUCUUGUGGCCAAAUCACAGUUGCAUUUCUAAAAAAAACUAAACAAAAAAAACCAAUACUGUAUUAAGGGGGAAAAAAGAAAUUUUCUUAGCCUAGAAAAUCAGUUAUGUGAGUGAGCACACAUUUCUUCCUCCCAGUACACGGCACGUAGUAUUGGGUUUUACUCACUUACCAAGCGGUUGUCCUUUGUUCUCGUUUUGUUUGAUGAUCUCUGACCUCGUUUAUAGUUUCUCGACUCUGAUUAUUGCUUCGCCCUGUUUAUGCCUGUUUGUCGAUCGCCUGACCUUUUGCAUGUUUCUGGACUACGUUUUUGGAUUACGAUUUGGAUUUGUUUGCCGUUGUCCCGUUUAAUAAAACUGUUAACUGCACAUGCAUCCGUCCUAAUCUCCCUUAGUCUCCCUUAUGACACCUUGGAGGCAGUGUGCCCACUGACACUGUUGCUGUUUGUACACUGUCCGUCUGACAUCCGAUAUCAUGACUUGUGGAUGGAGUGGAGAAUUGUUGUGAACCGUGGCCCUGCUGAGAUGUACUCUAAAAGAAAAGGGCAAAAUAAAGAUUUAAUUCCAUUUGAUGGAAAUGAAACAUUUAAACUAUUGAAGCUUAUGAAAUCAACAGACAAAGACACAAAACACAGACAGGUGCACACGGUUGAUACGGAUGGCUCUAAACAAAGACACGUAGUGCAUCUACCAUAGCCAUGUAGAUAAACUUUUGACCCCAGGACAACAAAGGUAAACAAA